AUGGCCAAAGAAGCGACGUUGUCUACACUACCACCCAAGCCUGCAGCUGUGCCCACGUCGACGAUUGAUGGCAUGGAACGCUUCUUUAUCUGGUUCAAUUUCUACCGCAAGCUCUUCUUUGUGACCCUGACCCUCAACAUCGUCGCCCUCAUCUUUGUCGCACAGAAGAAGUUUGGCUAUGCGGAAAAGAAUGUCUUUUCCUUUGCCCUUGGCAACCUACUCGCUUCAGUACUUGCAAGAAACGAGCUCUUCCUUCGCAUUGCAUACUGGCUUGCUGUCAAGAUCUUUUCAUGGACACCUGUCCGCAUCAAGAACUGGGUGACGAGCUUCUUUGUGCAUCUCGGCGGUAUUCACUCUGGCUGUUCGACUGCUGGUCUCAUGUGGGCGUGCUACUCGGCCUACCGAGCCUUCCAGCAGCGUUCACAGAUGCCUGCCAGCAUCCUUGUCUUUGCAGUCUUGACACCCAUCACACUUGGUGCCUCCAUUAGUGUUGCCGUUCCCUGGGUCCGUCACUACCACCACAAUAUCUUUGAGAAGGUCCAUCGAUUCGCCGGCUGGCUUGGACUCGUCUACCUCUGGGUCCUCGUGAUCUUGCUCGAGUCUUACAACCCAACGACACGCGAAUUUCACCCCUCCUCGGCAAACCUCUGGAGACGUCAAGACUUUUGGUAUUCCUUCCUCUUGACGCUCAUGAUUAUUGCGCCUUGGCUCACACUUCAAAAAAUUCCCGUCAUUGUCUCUUCACCAUCACCCAAGACUGCCUUUCUCUCCUUUCCAGGCGGCUGCUUCACUGGUCUACUCGGCCGUAUUUCGCGCAGUCCUUGGCUUGAAUGGCACGCAUUUGGUAUCAUCUCUGAGGGACCCCUGAGUUUCACCCAUCACAUGCUCGUGGUGGCUCAAGGCGAUUGGACGCGUGAUUUGAUUGCCAAUCCACCGGAAUACGUCUGGACGCGUGGUCUCAAAUUCGCAGGCUUGCCAUAUCUCGCACAAAUGUACCAACGUGGUGUAAUCGUUGCAACGGGUGCAGGACUGGGUGUGACCCUUUCCGUUUACCUGCAAAAUACGGGAUACUUUCAUUUGAUUUGGAUUGGCGCUGACCUUGAACAGACGUAUGGUCCAGAGGUGAUGGGACUGUUGAAGAAGGCAGUCAAGGGUGAUCGCAUGACUCUGGUCGAUACACGCAAGCAAGGACGACCGGACACAGUUAAGCUUAUUGAUGAUGUCUACCGCAAGAUUGACGCACAGGUCGUCUUUGUGACAAGCAAUCCAAAAGGUACGGAGAUCAUCACACAAGGCUGCCGAGCAAGAGGGAUGCCGUGCUUUGGACCACUUUGGGAUAGUUAG